AUGCUGAGGCCGCACCCGCCACAGCAACUUGAGCAGCAGCAGCUGCAGCAGCAGCUGCAGCAUCAGCAGCUGCAGCAGCAGCUGCAGCAUCAGCAGCUGCAGCAGCAGCUGCUGCUGCAACGGCAGGCCCAGCAUACUGUCAGGUCCUAUCGGCGAGUGAAGGAGGCGGGGCAGCAGCAGACGCAAGCAGCAGCAACAGCAGCAGCAACAACAGCAGCAGCAACAGCAGCAGCAGCAGCAACAGCAGCAGCAGCAGCAGGAGAGGACUCGUGCAAAAUUCCUUCUUCAACGGCAGCCAGCCCCACAGCCACCGCCCCACCAGAGCACACCGCUUCGGCUCAGCAGCAGCAGCAGCAGCAGCAGCAGCAGCAGAAGCAGCAGCAGCAGCAGCAGGAGAAAGGAGAUGACAGCGUGGUGGCUAUAUCCUCUGAAGGCACAGUGAUUCGUGCUGCUGACGUGCGGGGCAGAGACGGCUUCGAUGCAGCAGCAGCAGCAGCAGCAGCAGCAGCAGCAGGGCCUCUUGAUCUGCAGCAGCUAUCACAGCAGCUGCAGCGCACCUUCAGCUCCUUUAUGGAUACAACAGCUCAGGCGCAGCAGCGCGUGACGUCAGCACUUGCUGCUGCUGCUGCUGCGCAGCAGGAGAAAGGAGAUGACAGCGUGGUGGCUAUAUCCUCUGAAGGCACAGUGAUUCGGCAGCAGGAGAAAGGAGAUGACAGCGUGGUGGCUAUAUCCUCUGAAGGCACAGUGAUUCGUGCUGCUGUAAUCAGCGAAGAGGGAACAGCAGCACAAACACAAGCGCAGCAACUACCACCCCACGAAGUAAGCCCAGAGCCCUACAGCCAGAAGCAGCAGCACGCUGCAUCGAGACAGCAGCAUGAGCAGCAGCAGCAGCAGCAGCAGCAGCACGAGCAGCAGCAGCAGCAGUAG